AAAGCUCAUACUUCAAUGGCGGGAAUGGCGAUUCUCCGUCUUCCUUAUGCUCCCAUUCGUGUCUCCGCCUUCUUCCCUCUUUCGAUUCUCUUUCCUUCACCGAUCACCUCUAGAAACACCGCCGUUUGUUUCUGUUCGGCGUCGGAAUUCGCCGACAUCGUGCCUAAGGACGACUCAAAACGCGGUCCUCUCAAACCUGGGCUCUACCUCGUUGGAACUCCCAUCGGUAAUCUCGAAGAUAUUACUUUACGUGCCCUUCGUGUACUGAAAUCUGCGGAUGUGAUACUCUCUGAGGACACGAGACAUUCUGGGAAGUUGCUUCAGUACUACAACAUUAAAGCUCAACUUCUCAGUUAUCACAAGUUCAACGAGGCACAAAGAGAGCAGGCGGUGUUAGAUCGAUUGAAACAAGGAGAGAUUGUGGCGCUUAUCAGCGAUGCAGGGACACCGGGAAUUAGUGAUCCUGGUACUCAACUUGCCAAGAUGUGUGCGAAAGAGAAAAUAGAUGUCAUUCCAAUACCUGGGGCUUGUGCUGUAGUUGCUGCUCUUUCUGCCUCUGGUUUGGAUACAGAUGAGUUCACGUUCGUUGGAUUUCUUCCUAAGCAUUCUAGAACAAGGAAGGAUAGGCUGACUGUUUCAUCGAAUGAGACAAGAACACAAAUCUUUUAUGUUCCCCCUCAUAAGCUGUCACAGUUUCUCGAAGAAACCACUCCUUACUUUGGUGAAUUAAGGCAAUGUGUAAUAGCUCGAGAGAUUACAAAGCUGCAUGAAGAGUUUUGGAGGGGUUCGCUAGGGGAAGCCAAGCAAGAGUUUCUGAUUCGCCAACCAAAAGGAGAAAUCACGCUUUUGAUUGAAGGAAAGGAAGAAACCAAACCUGAAAAUCCAACGGAUUCUCAACUUGAAGAUGAUUUAAGAGUGCUGAUCUCUGAAGGACACAGCCUUUCCACGGCGGUGAAAACAGUGGCGGAAAGAACAUCAAUGAGAAAGAAAUUGGUAUAUUCGUUGGCAUUGAAGAAGUUCGGGAAGCAUAUUCAAGUAGAAGAUGCGGAUGAGUAGAUGGGAAGCCAUUGGAGGCAUUAAAGCUUUUGCUCCGAUGCCUUUUGCUUCAAACUCAUCAAUGUCAGGCUGUAAAGACUGUUGCGUUAAAUGUGUCCCUCAAAACCCUUGAGCUUUGGAUCUUGAUUUGGUGGGUUUAGAGUAUAGUAAGGGUUGUUUCUUUCCUCCAGAUUGUUUUAGUUACUUGUUUGGUUUUUGGUGCUCAAAGAUCAAUUUUCGUUUCUCAGUCUUGAAAUGUGCCUCUUUUUUUUUAUUCUGUAGGAUAUACCAAGAGAUAAAACCCAUAGCCAUAAACCAUUUUUAUUUAUUAAUUCUUCUU